GGAUCCCGCGCGCUGGAGAAGUGCAGUUCCCCCUGGUUACCAACUCGUCGGUUCUGCCUUCGCGCUGCGGGCGCCGUCGAAGAGCACUCACCACAGAUACAGCCAUUCCUCCCUACAGUGCCGCCGCCGCUGUUGCAUCCGUCCGGAGCUAGUGCGCUGUCUUCCUCCCCCACCACUGACAGGCGCCCUUAGGGAGCCGCCGUCAGAGAUGUCAAGCGAGGAAAGCUACCGGGCCAUUCUUCGCUACCUGACAAACGAGCGUGAGCCGUAUGCUCCGGGCACGGAGGGCAAUGUCAAGCGUAAAAUCCGCAGCGCCGCCUGCUAUGUGGUGCGUGGUGGGACCUUAUACCAGCGGCGGCAGCGGCACCGCAAGACCUUCGCGGAGUUGGAGGUGGUGCUGCAGCCCGAGCGACGCCGGGGGCUCAUCGAGGCGGCGCACCUGGGCCCGGGCGGCACUCACCACACCCGGCAUCAGACCUGGCACGACUUGUCCAAGACUUACUGGUGGCGAGGUAUAUUAAAGCAAGUGAAAGAUUACAUUAAACAGUGUAGCAAAUGCCAGGAGAAGCUAGAUCGGUCCCGUCCAAUAUCAGAUACUUCAGAAAUGUUAGAAGAAUUGGGACUAGACCUUGAGUCUGGAGAAGAAAGUAAUGAAUCAGAGGAUGAUCUGAGCAAUUUUACUUCAGCUCCAACUGCAGCCUCCAAGCCUGCAAAAAAGAAGCCAGUGUCCAAACAUGAACUUGUAUUUGUUGACACCAAAGGAGUGGUGAAACGUUCUUCUCCAAAACAUUGUCAGGCUGUCUUAAAGCAGCUCAACGAACAGAGACUCUCCAACCAGUUCUGUGAUGUUACUUUGUUAAUUGAGGGAGAGGAGUACAAAGCUCAUAAAUCUGUUCUGUCAGCUAAUAGUGAAUAUUUUCGAGAUCUUUUUAUUGAGAAAGGAGCUGUUUCCAGUCAUGAGGCAGUGGUGGAUCUUUCUGGUUUUUGUAAGGCAAGCUUCCUUCCUUUAUUGGAAUUUGCCUACACUUCUGUGCUAAGUUUUGACUUCUGUAGCAUGGCUGAUGUAGCCAUCCUGGCUCGUCAUCUUUUCAUGUCGGAAGUUUUAGAAAUCUGUGAGAGUGUGCAUAAACUAAUGGAAGAGAAGCAGCUAACAGUAUAUAAGAAGGGUGAAGUACAAACAGUUGCAUCCACCCAGGACUUACCAGAACAAAAUGGAGGCACUGUGCCUCCUGUGGCUAGCAACGAGGGGACCACAACAACAUUAUCUACUGAACUUGGGGAUUGUGAAAUUGUAUUAUUGGUGAAUGGAGAAUUGCCAGAAACUGAGCAGAAUGGAGAGCUAGGACAGCACCCUGAACCCCAGGUUUCUUCAGAAGCUGAAGCCACUCUGUCACCUGCAGGCUGUAUAACUGGUUCCCAUCCUGAAAUGGAGUCUGUUGAUUUAGUAACAAAAAAUGAUGAGACAGAAGUAGAAACUUUAAACAGAGAAGAUAGUGCACCUUCUGAUAUUAAUCCCAAACUUUCAAAAGAGAAUGUGAUCAGUAACUCUCCAGAAAUCAGUGAUAUGGGAAAUGACCCAUCAAGUGAAGAUAUCUGUGCUGAAGACAUUCCAGAGCAAAUGCAGAACCUUAGCCAGUCUUUAAAAGAUCAGGAAAAUCUAGUUGCACUGACAGCAAAGCCAGACGUUAGCACUGAUGAUGAAACUUACAGAAGCAGACUUCGGCAGCGUUCUGUUAAUGAAGGGGGAUAUAUCCGACUACACAAAGGAAUGGAGAAAAAGCUACAGAAACGGAAAGCCAUUCCCAAGUCAGCAGUUCAACAGGUAGCCCAGAAAUUAGUUCAAAGAGGGAAAAAAAUGAAACAGCCAAAAAGGGAUACGAAAGAGAACACUGAAGAAGCAGCAUCCCAUAAAUGUGGGGAAUGUGGAAUGGUUUUUCAGAGACGAUAUGCCCUUAUAAUGCAUACACUGAAACAUGAAAGAGCUAGAGAUUACAAAUGUCCGUUGUGUAAAAAACAGUUUCAGUACAGUGCCUCCUUGCGAGCGCAUCUUAUUCGACAUACCAGAAAAGAUGCACCCACUUCAUCUUCUUCCAAUUCCACGUCUAAUGAGGCAUCAGGAACAUCGUCUGAGAAGGGGAGAACCAAACGAGAAUUUAUAUGUUCCAUAUGUGGAAGGACAUUACCUAAAUUAUAUUCUCUUCGAAUACACAUGUUAAAGCAUACAGGUGUAAAGCCACAUGCAUGCCAGGUCUGUGGAAAGACUUUCAUCUAUAAACAUGGUCUAAAAUUGCACCAGAGUCUCCAUCAAUCACAAAAGCAGUUCCAGUGUGAACUAUGUGUUAAGUCAUUUGUUACCAAACGGAGUCUUCAAGAACAUAUGAGUAUUCACACAGGAGAGUCCAAGUACCUUUGCUCAGUUUGUGGAAAGUCUUUUCACAGGGGCUCUGGCCUCAGCAAGCACCUAAAGAAACACCAGCCAAAGCCUGAAGUUCGAGGCUAUCAUUGUACUCAAUGUGAAAAAAGUUUCUUUGAAGCUAGAGAUCUUCGUCAGCACAUGAACAAACAUCUUGGUGUGAAGCCAUUCCAGUGCCAAUUUUGUGAUAAGUGCUAUAGUUGGAAGAAAGAUUGGUAUUCCCAUGUGAAGUCUCAUUCUGUCACUGAGCCUUAUAGGUGUAAUAUAUGUGGCAAAGAAUUUUAUGAAAAAGCAUUGUUCAGAAGGCAUGUAAAGAAAGCUACCCAUGGAAAAAAAGGAAGAGCGAAGCAGAACCUGGAACGGGUAUGUGAACAAUGUGGAAGAAAAUUCACUCAGCUAAGAGAGUAUAGGAGACACAUGAACAACCAUGAAGGAGUUAAGCCAUUUGAAUGCUUAACAUGUGGAGUAGCUUGGGCUGAUGCCCGAUCUCUAAAACGCCACGUCAGAACGCAUACUGGUGAACGGCCCUACGUCUGCCCUGUAUGUAGCGAAGCCUACAUAGAUGCUCGAACCCUCCGUAAACAUAUGACUAAAUUCCACAGAGAUUAUGUGCCUUGCAAAAUUAUGCUGGAGAAAGAUACCCUUCAGUUUCAUAACCAAGGAACUCAAGUGGAGCAUGCUGUUAGUAUCUUAACAGCAGACAUGCAGGAACAAGAAAGCAGUGGUCCUCAAGAACUUGAGACUGUGGUGGUGACAGGAGAGACCAUGGAAGCACUCGAAGCCGUGGCAGCGACGGAAGAGUGUCCAUCAGUAUCUACGCUUUCUGACCAAAGUAUUAUGCAAGUGGUUAAUUACGUGUUGGCACAACAGCAAGGACAGAAGCUGUCUGAAGUUGCAGAAGCGAUUCAAACUGUCGAAGUAGAGGUGGCACAUAUUUCAGAAACAGAGUGAAUAUAGUCUUGGAGAAAAAAAGAAGGGUCCUAGCAUUGUAUACUGAACUCACAGAACAUUUGUUUACAGUACUGUGCGACUGUCUGCCUAGAGCCUGUAUGUCAAGGCUCUGGGCUCUUGGGUGAGGUUUUAACACUUCUAAACGAUUUGUCUGGCUGAUAGGUUCUGUUGAAAAGUCCAUUUACUGUAAAGAAGUUGAAAACAAAUGUACUUGAUGGCAUUGGUUUAUCAUGGUGUACUUUUUAUGAAUUGAUGUUUAUAAAGGACUGUACUAAAUUAAAAACUGUAUAGUUUCACUUGCAUUUUGACAUGAUCAUCUACUUUGAGUUUAAAAGGCUGUACUAGUCAGAUUUUCUUCUUUUAUUCUCAAAAUAGGUUCUGUGAUUUCAUUUGCCCUGUUUAUAGGUCUAAAAAAAUUCUAAUAUAAAGCAUUUUAGUAGGAUGCAUAGGUACAUUACAUUUUUAAAAUGCUUCAGGUCUGUGAUUCUUGACUUACUAUUUAUUUUAACCCCUUAUAAGUCAGGGAUUUAUUCUGUUUUAAAGCACUUAAUGAGUUACAUGUUGUAAUCAAGUUUGCACAGUAUACUUACCUAUAUGGGGAGCCCUUAAAUACAUAGCUGAUUUUUAAAAUGCAUGAAAUGCCUAUUAAAGCCUUACUAUAUACUAUCUCUUCAAGGCAAGUAAAUUGACCACGAGCAAAGAACACUGUUAUUAAACACUGUUGAUGGGAAAUUUCUUCUUGAUAACAUGGGACAAUAAAUGGAAAAAAAAAAAAUCUCAUUCUUUUGCUGAAAGAAUGAACAAGUUAAAACUAGAUUUGGUAUGUUUGCAGCUUUUGUAUCAUGUUUAAUUGUUCAAUUUUGUUGAAAAACUGCAAUUUAGAAAUAGGAUAGCAAUAUAGACAUCUAAAGCAGUCCUGAGGAUACCAUAUAAUUGUUGAGUAGCUUCAGAAUAGUGAAGUCUUCAAUUCAGCCCUCAUUAUAGUAUACUACUCAAAGAAAUUGAUUAUGGUCCACCAAAUUGUUGGAAGUAAAUUAUUUUUAAAAGUUACCUGUGAAUUAUAUUAAUUUGUGUGUUUGAUUUUUAAAUUCCCACUUGUAGAAGCUAUCCAGUUUUCUGAUUUUCAAAAUAACCAUAGGGAGAUGCCACAUUUCUCUCCUGUGGGUAGCUACCACUCAAACUAUAAUUGUUAAAAUUAAACUUUUUAAGUAUUAGCCGCUAAUAUAAGGUAUAAAAUGAAAAUAGAAGCAAAUCACAUGUAAAUCAUUCCUAAAGCACAAGAAAAGAAUGUGCCUUGAUGUACAUAUAUUAUUAAGAUACUUAUUCCAGUUUACUUUAAGAAUAGCUUAAAAGAUAAAGAAUAAAUGUGAUGCCAUGCAUGCGUUCUACCUGCAUAUGUAAUAUUUGCAUUUGCAAAUUUCCCAUUGUCUCUAUAGCUGUGUGGCUGACUUUUGAAUUUUAAGUGAAUUGACAUACAGUCUAUAACUUUACAAUGGCUGCUUGUUUAUUGUAUCUUUCAGUUAGUGAAAAUGUGUUUCAACCUGACUAAAAUUUGGAAUUGUGUCUUUUAUGUUCCAUCCUCACUGUUACUAGAUUUAGUUAAUUGUAUAAGAUCGUUGAUGUAUGUCAAAAAUAUGUAAAUAAAACAUGUCGAAUCUUGUUUAAAAGCAUAA